UUCCAAGGACCUCUACUACACAACAAAGGACACUAUAUGGUGGAUUUCAAGAUCGAUAUAUUUCUUCGCAUCGGCGGAGGUGAUGCAUUGGGAAGUGGCAAGCACUAUCACAUAUAUGGUGUGCUCUUCUUUGACCCUCCAGGACAAUUGGCCACGAAGCGUUUGGCUCAGUGGUUGGAUCGCGAUGAACUUCGUAAGAUCAUAAAAGGUUGCGGUGAAUGUUAA